CUUAGAUUGAGUCUGUAGGUCUGUCAGUCAGGGCUUAGAGUCUACAUGGUGGGGUUUCGAACCACUAAUCCGGUUGUACACUUAUCACCAUGGUUGACACCCGGAGUGGGUUGAGCACUAGCCCCUACACUCAGGAACAGCAAGAGAACAUGGCCGCCUUAGUGAGAGAGAACAAAGAAAGGAAAGAGCUCGAGAAGCAGGCGAAGUUAAAGGCUAUCGCAGAGGAGCAGGCGACUAAGAUGAAGAGGUUAGAGGAGGAGAUGAAGAGGGUUCAACAGGAGGAGGAAGAGAGGAGAAAGGUUGUUGAGGAAGAAGCGGCAACAGAGGAAGAAAAAGAUAGAAUGCGGAUUGAGAGUGGAGAAGGGAACAGUGUCACGAAAAAGGAUAAAGACGCAGAGAUGGAGAAAAAGAUAAGUGAGUGGGUCGCUAAUUUAUCGUUCAGAGAAGACGAGGAGGCGGAGUCUUAUGUGCCUCAGGGUGAGAGAGAUGCACUAGCCAGGGAGCUAGCAGCAAUGAAGGACCCUAUGGAACGGCGAGAAAGGGAGGAGGAGCAAAAGUUGGCAUGGAAAUUGAGAAUGAAGAGGGAGAAGAAGAGAAGGAGGGAGGAAGUCAAUAGACUGACCGCAGAGGUGGCAAAGGUGCAAGAUUGUAGGAAAGAAGUGCAGGCCCAGGCAUACGACAAGGCCAAAUGGAAUAAAGUGUUGGGAUACUUGGAGGUGUUGAGCGCGGCUUGGAUGGAGGAGCGUCAAGCCAGUUGAAGUCAAGAGGUAGCCUCGAGUGUCAUGCGGUCGGGGUUCAGAGACUUUGCGCGCGAUAUGGUCACCCAUAU